AUGGCCCUUAAGGAGCAUCCGUUCCCUAAUAAAACUUGGGACACGUGUGCUGUUGUCGGGAAUGGAGGGAUUCUGACAAACAGCAGCUGUGGAGGCAUCAUUGAUUCAGCACAGUUUGUUAUCAGGUGCAACCUACCUCCUUUAGGAAAAGGCUAUGAGAAAAAUGUGGGCACCAAGACUGACAUUGUGACAGCCAACCCAAGCAUUUUCCUAGAGAAGUAUGGGGCUCUAAUGGGGCGUCGGCGUCCAUUUGUGGAGAGUCUACAUAGCUACGGCAAGUCUCGUCUGCUUCUUCCCGCCUUCUCCUAUGGCCACAACACUCCUGUGUGCAUGAGGGCAGUAUACAGCAUUGAAGACUUUGAGAGUCCCAUCCAGCCCAUCUUCUUCAACCCUGAGUACCUUCAGAGCUUGGCCCUCUUCUGGCGCUCCCGAGGCUUACGAGCAGUGCGCCUCAGCACAGGCAUUAUCAUGGCUAGCAUAGCGCUGGAACACUGUGCCAACGUGCAUCUGUACGGGUUCUGGCCCUUCAGUAAUCACCCACAUGGACUCCAUGCACUGACUAACCACUACUACGAUGACAGACAAACUAAAACUAAAUUUCACUCCAUGCCUGCUGAGUUUGACCUCUUGUUGCAGCUGCACAGUCAGGGGGUGCUCAGACUUCACUUGGGAGACUGUCAACCAGGUGAAAAGUAGUUCCCAGGUCCAAAUUAGCUGGCAGGACAGUGUCAAAGUGCCUUUUUGUAGCCCAGUCACUCAUGACGUUUUUCAUAUAAUUUUGGAAUGAAUGUACAUAUGUAUUCUGGCUGAAACAUGGAAUUGGUUCAUGCAAAGUAGAUUUGUGAAUUUAGAUGUAAUGCUGAAUCAUUUACCAGGACAUUUGCACUGAUAUAAAAAAGAAACAAUCUUAAGACUAGCAUUAUUUUAACAGUCUUGUGGUGUGUGUAAAAAUGUAUUUAUUACCAAAAAUGUUCCAGCUGGAGUCUGGAGGGAGUUGGUUUGAUUUAAAGGUCCCCUAUUAUACUGUUUUUCAUCAAUAUAUAAUAGGUCUCAGAUAUAUACAAAACAUGUCUCUGAAGUGUUUAGCUUUAAAUACCCAACAGAUUGUGCAUUGUAGCAUCCCAUAAACCCCUCUGUUUCAGCCCUGUUUCAAAAGUGCUGAUUCUCUGUCUGUUACUUCAG